UUUUUGAUCAGAAACUGGAAAAAUAGAAAACAUCCAAAUGGCAAAUACAGAACCCUAGGCUCCCUUAUUUCUUUCUCUUCUGCUUUUCGUCUUCUUCUUCUUCUUCUUCUUCUUCUUCACUGGACUCAAUCGAAGCUCACCGCUGUCGCACGUUGCAUCUCCUCUCUGACUUCUGCGUGCUCUGAUCCGUCGGUUGUGAGUUUGACCUGCCGUGACUCUUCUCCGCCGCGGCGUUCUCUCUGCUUUUGCUUCUUCUCCGCGGCGGUUUCCUCUUUUUUCUGCUUCUGCUUCUACUCCGCCGCCGCCGCCUCCUUAAUUUUCUGCUCCGCUGCCUCCUCCACUGCACCUCUCUUCUCCUCCGAUGUUAGUUCGUUAUGUGGUUGCUUUCCUUCUGGGGCUUCUGUGGUCUGUCUUGGUAGUAGAUGCAAGUCUUGGUGAUGCUGAUCCACAUUAUAGGAGUUGUGUAACCCAAUGUCAAGAAAAUGGAUGUGUGGGUCAAAAAUGCUUUCCAAAUUGUAAAUUUUCUUCGGAUGGAGUUCUUAUUGAUCGUCCUUGGUACAUGCAAGAUUCACUUUACAUACAAUGGAAAAAAUGGGACUGUCAAAGUGACUGUCGGUACUACUGCAUGCUUGAGAGAGAGAAAGAAAAAGAAUUACAUAGCCUCGGCCCCGUCAAAUAUCAUGGCAAAUGGCCUUUCAAGCGAAUUUAUGGGAUGCAGGAGCCUGGGUCUGUGGCUUUCUCUGCUCUCAAUCUUGCAAUGCAUUUUCAUGGUUGGAUCUCCUUCUUCAUUCUUCUGUACUAUAAAUUGCCUCUAAAAUAUGGAAAGAAGCCAUAUUAUGAAUAUUCUGGUUUGUGGCAUAUCUAUGCACUCUUAUCACUAAACUCUUGGUUCUGGAGUGCUGUUUUCCACAGUCGAGAUGUUGAUCUGACAGAGAAACUGGACUACUCAUCUGCAGUGGUUCUCCUUGGAUACUCUCUCAUUUUAGCCAUAUUACGUGGCUUCAAUGUUAAGGAUGAAGCUACCAGAGUUAUGGUUUCUGCUCCGUUGAUAGCUUUUGUAGUCACUCAUGUAAUGUACAUCAACUUCUAUACACUAGACUAUGGCUGGAAUAUGAUGGUUUGCGUAAUAAUGGGUGUAAUACAGCUUGUCAUUUGGGCAGUUUGGGCAGGUGUUAGUUGCCAUCCUUCACGGUGGAAGGUGUGGCUGGUUGUUUUCUCGGGUGGUCUUGCGAUGCUCCUAGAAAUAUACGAUUUCCCUCCGUAUCAAGGACUUCUGGAUGCUCAUGCUCUUUGGCAUGCAACAACAAUUCCUCUGACCUACAUUUGGUGGAGCUUCGUAAGGGACGAUGCUGAAUUUCGAACCUCUAACCUUGUUAAGAAGGCCAAGUAGAUUCUUUGUGACAUGCCACGUCAAGUACUUGAAUUUGCACAUCUCUAUUGUUAUUGAAGAUUUUGUAUGCUGAGCUUUGUACUCAGUUUUGAAAGGUUCAUGAUUUGACUGAAGCGCAUACAUGUUAUGUUAUGAAAAUUAAUUUACCAUUGAUCUCCAUGGAUUUCGAGACACUACAAGCCCAUUCCAAUCUCACACACAAAACCUAUUCAUAAUUUCUCCUAAAGAAUGAGGCUACCCAAGGAGACAAGAGACAACAGCAGAAAAUAGAUACCCAAAUAUAGAACGCAUGCAGGAUGCAGCAUGUUUUUCCUUUGCUGAACAUUAUGCAGAACACUAUUUCAACACACACUACCAGAAACGGCUAGCAUACUGGUCUUUUAAUUUCGGCACGGCCCAUUUUGCUCUCUUUUGUACCGAACUUCCUUCUUGUAGGUUGCUCAUCACAUCGCUAUUGACGUUAGCCGUUCUGGUUGUAGCGGUCUCAUUAGUAAAAGUGAUGAAACGUUUUUAACUCUUAAUCACCAUUGAUUUAAGGGUAGGUAAAAUAUUGUUGUACUUCUU